AUGAGAAGAUGUUGCGCUCUUUGUGGAAAUAUAGACAGCGAGAAAGCCAUGAAGAGGAUGUGUACUGGAUCAAAAAACACGAAUCUUAUUAUGGUUGCUUCGCUUUCAUUAGUUGGGAUAGUGGAUAGAGCAAAUGCUGAAGCAGUUGUAGAAGAGAUUAGCAGAAAUUCUAAAUAUAUUUGUUAUUCGCAUGUAAUGCAAGCGGCUCAAUAUUUAUGUGCUGAAAUGGCAGCUAGAGGGAGACGUUUGUCGUUUUACAAAAGUGAAGCGUACGUCACUUCUGAAGAUAUUCCGGCAGAUUUUGUUGAAGUGAUUAACAGCAUAAACAACAGCAAUACUACAAUCACAGCUCGAGAUGUGCGGUCGUUUGUUAAUUGCAUGUUGAAGAGGUAUCAUGCGUCUUCUCUAUGGCCUGAGCAAUAUACGGAAGACGAGAUGGAGAUGAAAUUGCCUGUGCCUGAAGCUGGAGCUUCUACUGCUCGUCCUGAGCAGGACGUUAAAGUCGAAGUUGACUCUGGAAAUGAUGUUGAUAUGAUGGAGAGACAUGGAGGGAAUGAUGACGAAGAGUCCACUUUUGAAACGAAGGUGUUUGAGGACGUCCCUGCAAAUAGCGAUGUGGAGGGCAACUCCCUGUCAAUGUCACAGCAGGUUGGGAUGACGCAUGCU